GCUCAGAAAGGCCCGUUGCUUCUCUCCCGCCACACUCUCUACCCAAGAAUGCAGAUUCUCUCAGCUCCAUCGUCCCGCUAUCUCCCCUUUGAAAUCUCGAAGCCGCAAUCGAAGCAGCCAGGAAUUUCCUCACCGGAGAAGUGGCUUCAGAUAUCGGUAACGAAUCCUUCCUCGUCGCUAUUUCCUGCUCCGAGAAGCAGCAGCAGCAGCUCUCACAAGACGUCCUGCUGCUUUACAACGAGAGCUGCUUCUACUGAAGUUGGUGCUUCCGAGACAUCGGCUGAAUCGAGAUCAUCCGCCGAGAGCGACGUGCUGAAGGCCUUGUCUCAGAUCAUCGAUCCUGAUUUCGGAACGGACAUUGUGACUUGUGGAUUCGUCAAAGACCUAGAGAUAGAUGAAGCUCAAGGAAAGGUUUCGUUUAGGUUGGAGCUCACUACCCCGGCAUGUCCAAUCAAGGACUUGUUUGAGAAGCAGGCAAAUGAGGUGGUCGCGGGGCUUCCAUGGGUGAAGAAUGUUAGUGUGACGAUGUCAGCACAGCCAGCUAAACCUAUGUACGGGGCGAUGCUUCCUCCUGGAUUACAGACCAUUUCGAAUAUCAUUGCAGUUUCAAGUUGCAAGGGAGGUGUUGGGAAAUCGACUGUUGCUGUGAAUCUUGCGUAUACUUUGGCCGGUAUGGGUGCUAGGGUAGGGAUAUUUGAUGCUGAUGUGUAUGGUCCAAGUUUACCAACAAUGGUCUCUCCUGAGAACCGGUUGCUGGAGAUGAAUCCAGAGAAGAAAAGUAUUAUACCUACUGAAUACUUGGGGGUGAAGUUGGUUUCGUUUGGAUUUGCUGGACAAGGUCGCGCGAUAAUGAGGGGUCCCAUGGUUUCGGGAGUUAUAGACCAACUUCUCACGACUACAGAGUGGGGAGAGCUGGAUUACCUUAUCAUCGACAUGCCACCUGGAACUGGUGAUAUACAGCUUACAUUGUGCCAGGUUGUCCCAUUGACUGCUGCUGUCAUUGUGACCACCCCUCAGAAGCUUGCGUUCAUCGAUGUUGCCAAAGGCGUUCGGAUGUUUUCAAAGCUUAAGGUACCAUGCGUUGCUGUUGUGGAGAACAUGUGCCACUUUGAUGCUGAUGGAGAACGGUAUUACCCCUUUGGCAGAGGAUCAGGCUCUCAGGCAUGUAUACUUAUCAAACAAUUCUAUGCUUCCCAGUUUAAGGUUGUUCAGCAAUUUGGGAUCCCUCAUCUGUUUGAUCUUCCGAUCAGGCCAACUCUAUCCGCCUCUGGGGAUAGUGGGAUACCUGAAGUGGUUGCUGAUCCUCUAGGUGAAGUUGCAAAGACGUUCCAGGAACUUGGAGUUUGCCUCGUGCAACAAUGUGCUAAAAUACGCCAACAGGUUUCAACUGCUGUCACUUAUGAUAAAUCAAUAAACGCAAUCAAAGUGAAGGUGCCUGAUUCAGACGAGGAGUUUCUCCUUCAUCCUGCAACAGUAAGGCGAAACGAUCGUUCUGCACAAAGCGUGGACGAAUGGACUGGGGAGCAGAAGCUGCAAUACACCGACAUCCCAGAAGACGUCGAACCUGAAGACAUUCGGCCAAUGGGAAACUAUGCAGUGCAAAUAACAUGGCCCGAUGGAUUCAGCCAGAUUGCUCCAUACGAUCAAUUGCAAACGAUGGAAAGGCUGGUUGGUGUUGUUCCUGUCAGUGUAAGCAGCUAAACUAGACACCUCUCUUCAUUCCCAUCAACUCUCUUGCAAGCUUUGUCAAACAUGAUGGUGAUAGGAGUGAGAAAGUUGCCAUUAGCACAGGCCAGUCUACCACAGAAUAGAGAGAGAGAGAGAGAGAGAGAGUAGAAUAUACAGCUGCUGGUUUGUAUAGUGGGAAAAUUCUACGUACAUUUUGGUCCAAGAAAGCUCCUGAAUAUAUACAAUACGCGCAAAAAUCUGAUUACGUAGCAGACUUGUGUAUAGUGACAUCUCAUUUCUAAGCAGUCUUUAUAAUUUUGUCUCGUCGGAGUCGACGUCGGCGGUCAUUUCAACUUCUGUAGAGUGGGAUCAAAGUCUGAACACAGUAGAACUAGAAGCAUAUGCAUGCACAGCGCGCAGCCGCUGCUGUUUGACUUUUUUCGGGUCGGGUCGGGUUCAUCGGACCCGUCCUCUAGACGCUCUGGAUUAGAUACGUGACCAAAUUGGGACUGUGUGCGAGUGUGACCAAGAGAUGGUACCACUUCCAACUUGUCGGCUGCCGGCUGGCCCCCCCAAUAGUCUAGCCAAGUAUGCUUGUUUGUCUCUUCUCAACCCGGUUUGAAAAGCGAUAACGUUACAUAUUGUAUACGAUAAUAUAAGGUCAGAACUAGAGAAAGUCGCGAAUUUUCUCUAAGAAAUUUAGUGUAUUCGAAC